AUGGUUGCUAGUUCAGCCUGGCCAGUACCUAAUCGACCAAGACAUAGUUCAACAUUUGGAAGUUUUGGACGUUUAUCAUCAUAUGAUUCAAGUCCAUAUCAGAGCACAAUCGACAGUUUUAUAUUUUCAUUGGGAAAUGGUCGAAAUAUGGCAAAUGCAAAAUUAAGUAGAGUCUUGCAGGAUAAUAUACAAUUUGCUGUUUGUUCUUCUCAGAGACUUGGCCCGUGUUUUGGACAAACAGAUUUGAGAAUGAAUGAUAGUUUUAACUUGCCAGCAAAAUGCACAUGUCAAUGUUACGAUUAUGAUAAAGAAAUUUGUGAAUCGCAAAGUUUUUCAGUUGAAGAAUUUGAAGUUUUUCAAGUUGUAAAUAAAGAUGAUCCAGCAUUAAAUGCUCCAUCACCUGUUCAAGUGCCAAGAGAAACAAUUGUACAAAAACGAAUCUUAUUAUUUUUAUCUUUAUAUAUAUUUGUGAAUAUGUUAAAUAUUGUAAAUUAA